CCCUCCUCGAAUAGGUCUAGGGCUUCUGCUGGGGCCUGGCUUCCGGUCCAUCCCCACCCGACGCAAGAUCGGCGAGGGGAGCCUCUGCCGAGCGCGGCGGCGCUGCGAAAUUUCUAAACUGAGUCGGCCGGCCAGACGGCCUCGUUAACUUCCUAGCCUCCCUGGAGACGAAGCGGAGCCGUGACCGUAUGCAAACUGGUCGGGGGUGGGGGGCAUAUAAUCUCCCCCUCCGAAGACAGGGAAGGCGUCGAUUUGGUUCACCAAAUCGCCAAGCUACGACUCCUUCCGCAGCCUCGCGCUGGGCUCCGCCGCCACCCGGCCGGCACCACUCAGCAACAGUUUAGUCUGCAGCAGCUCAUGCGAAAAAUUGUCUAGCAGACGCCCUGCAAAAAGAAGACAGCUAUGAUGUUGUCCUCGGACAAAUGUACUGCUAAAAGAAGCAAAUCCGAGCCUGUGAUCCAUAGUCUCCCGGAGGGCAUUCAGGCUAGUAUCAUGAUUCUUCUAACUGGUAGGAGUACUGAAUUUUAUAUCUGUCCUCAUCCAGGGUAUUAUGCAUGACAUAGUAUCAAGGCUGACACUGAAGGAUGCCGUGAGGGCCAGUUUGGUGUCGACAAGCUGGAGACGGCUGUGGACAUUUCAUUCCAAUUUAUGCUUUGACAGUCCCACUAUCCUGAACCGCGAGUAUGGCACCCUUAGCAGGAGCAGCAGCAGGAGGGGUAGAAGAAGACGCAGGUUCAUCAGGCGUGUCGAUGCCAUCCUGGAAUCCCACAGCGGUACAGGGGUGAGAAGAUUCGAUGUCACGUUUGCUCUUGAUGCGAGGCACACGGAACAUCUGGAUCGAUGGCUCAAGUUCGCACUCGAUUCCAGGGCGUCUGAGAUUGCUGUUAAUUUGCACCCUGUGUUCUACAGGGGUUCCGUGAGGUCAUAUGAAUGGGAGGAUGCAUACACCUUGCCGUCUCAUAUGUUUAGCAGUCAAGGGGCAUCUUACAUCGAGUCACUUGAGCUCGUCUUUGCAUCGUUGAAGCUACCCCGUGAUUUCUAUGGCCCUUUGAAGCUUAGAGUGUUGGAUCUCCAAUCUGUUCACGUGUCGGAAGGAGAUCUCGAGCUGCUGUUGUCCAAGUGCAGUGCAUUGGAGUGUUUGCGCCUGGGUCGUUGUUACCCAGUGCUUAAUCUGAAAGUGCAGAAACCACUAUGUCGGCUGCGUAAUUUAUCUGUCCGGGGAUGCCAGCUGCAGGUUAUGGAAUUCAGUGCUCCGAAUCUAGCAAAAUUUGAGUAUUCGGGUCAGGCCAUACCCAUUACACUCAGUGAAUCCAUGAAGCCAACAGAAGCUACUGUGACGCUGUUGGGAUAUGACGAUACUCUUGAACAUGUCUUCACCGAACUUCCAAAGACCCUGUCUCGCGUGGAGACACUAUCUGUGAAUGCUUGCAUAAACACCGAGGUGGUUGGAUUUUCAAAUUGCCUGAUGAAGUUUACUCAUCUCAUAAAACUGGAGGUGACUGUAAGUAUUCUUGGGGACUCAAGAAUCAGAAAUGGGAUUCUUCGUUUAGUGAGUCUUCUAGAGGUGGCCCCUCUUCUGCAAAGGCUCGAGUUAAAUAUGCUUCCACAUGUGUCGGUUGGGGUAUCCAACGAGCCUGAAUCUUACUGGCAUUUUCAGCCAUGCGCGCACCGUCAUCUUGAGCAGUUCGAGGUUUCAGGGUUUAUCGGUCUAAGAGGUCAGCUUGAGGUGGUAUUGUGCAUCCUUGACAACGCAGUGGCUCUCAGGCGGAUGUCCAUAGAACCGAGGGUGACGGCAUAUGAUCGUGUCUUUGGACACUGGGCGGGGUUUGAGCAUAAUAUAGGAAAAGGUAGGGCAUGUGCCUUGGCCUUUUUUUCUCCUGAAGACUAUCCCGGCGUGCAGAUUGAGAUCUUCUGAGGGACCUUGGGUGUUUUUGGCUUCAGCUGUUGUAUGCCUGAAGGAGUGAAGGGGAACAAAUAGGCAAGCGUGAGCCCCAGCCAGCACAGCACCUGUAAUCAAACCAUACCAAACCAUACCAAACCAACUUCAUUUGCAAUCAAACAGCACCUGUAAACACUAAACAGUACCAACCAAACUUGUCGGCUACACGAUUUACUAAGGCACUAGAAGGACCAUUUGAAAAA